AAUUUCGAACUCUAUGUCUACAUAUAAAAAGGGCAAAUUCAAAUAAUCCCCAAGUAUUGACGAGAAAACUGAAGAACCCUACAAAUUGAGAAAAAAAAAAGAGAGUAAAAACCCAGUAAUCAAUCAAAGAAAUUUGAUCGCCUUAUUCACUUUCGUUCGAUUUGAAGGAAAAAAAAAAGCCUUAUAUAUAUAAUUUGCUGGGAAAAUUUGGACCCAAAAGAAAUUUUGGUUGGGAAAUUGAAAAAAUGUCAAAAUCUUGCAAAGGUUUGGCUAUGGAACUGGUGAAGUGCCUAAGCGAAUCAGAUUGUGUUAAGGUUGAGAAGCGUUCAGUUAGGGAAUGCGCUGGAGAGAAAAGCCCUUGUAUACCUAGCGAAUGUGUUGGACUCAGAGAAACUUAUUUCAAUUGCAAAAGAGGACAGGUUGACAUGAGAGCUAGGAUCCGUGGGAACAAGGGCUACUAAGUGAAAGGGGGAUGCCAUCAAAUUCUUGAAAGCAUCCGUUGAAUUGGUUUAGGGUGAAUCCAAAAUUCCCGACUUUUUUUGUCUCCCUGAAUUCUGUGUGAUAACGAUUUUUGUCCGAGAGUUAAACCGUUAGACGAAUUUCCCAUGUUUUUUUCAACCUGCUUUGCUUACCAUGAUUCAGCUUCCUAGCUUUUACUAAAAUGAGGUAGAUUCCUAACCAUACUGUCUUGCAGAGUUAAUUCAUGAAUUCACACUGUUACAAUAUAAUAA